GCAGCAAAGUGUAGUUUUUCUCAAGAAAAAUACGGGUGUUGGGCACCAUUUUGAUCUCGUUGUUCGUGUUGUCGUGUUAUUGGAUUCGGACUUUCUUCGUAUUAAAGUAAGGUGGAAGAAGAUUAUUUCUUGGAAUAUAAGGUAACGACGUGACAUUAGGGGAGGGCAAGUGAACGAUAACAUAGCUAAACGACAAAGGUAGACAGGGAGGUGAGCUUGAUCCAGAUCCCUAGUAGCUGUCAGCUAGUUGAGAGCACUCCAUUGUCCGGAGCAAUGCCUUUGAGAAAGAAGAAGAAAGCCAGCACAAUACGAGGCGCUGCGGGAGAAGGCACCAGCCGAGAGCCCCCGGUUGAGCUAGGACAUAGUGAAUCUCAGAGUGCCACUCCCUCGCACGCUACCUCUAUUCCUCCAGUAGCAGGAGGGCAUGAAGAGGUCUUCACUCCAGCUCCAGUGCAUCCAGUCCCUCCACCGGUUACUUCGGGUCAACAAGUGACCGAGGCCAUCCAUUUACUGACACAGUUGGUUGCCACCCAGGCACAGCGGCAGAAUGUGAGUUCAAGUGAUCAGUCAGCUAGUACCAGAGCUCGUGAUUUUAUUAGUCUGAAGCCUCCGGAGUUUUUUGGGUCAAAGCCGGAUGAAGACCCGCAAGGUUUUAUUGAUGAGAUGUUGAGGACAUUGAAAAUUAUUCAUGCCUCCGAGACCGAGUCCGUGGAGUUGGCCUCUUAUAGACUCCGGGACGUGGCAGUGUUAUGGUAUAACAACUGGGUGCUGUCAAGAGGAGAGAAUGCGCCUCUGCCUAUAUGGCAGGAAUUUGUGGAUGCUUUUAUUCGUCACUACUUGCCGCCCGAGGUUCGCCGAGCUAGAGCGGACAGGUUCUUGAAUCUAAAGCAAGGAAGCAUGAGUGCUCGAGAGUAUAGUCUGCAAUUUAAUUCCUUAGCCCGGUAUGCCCCGACUAUGAUGGCCGACAUGGGGGAUCGUGUGCAUAGAUUUGUGAGUGGUUUGGGGCCACACUUAUUCAAAGACUGUCUGACAGCCUCGUUGCAAGCAGGGAUGGACAUUGCCCGUAUACAAGCUCAUGCUCAGAAUCUAGAAGGAAAGCAACCUCCGCAAAGGGGUGACCGCGAUGUUGAUCGAAGGCAAAACAAGAGGGAUAGGUCGAUGGGAGAAAGCAGUGAAUAUAAAGGGGGAUCAAGGCAAAACUAUUCUAGUCACUCAGUUCAAUCGGUGACUAGCGUACCUCCACGAGUUGCAAGCCAGGGGUACGAUUUCUCUAGUCAUACCGGACCGGAUCAGAGUUUUACAGAGUCGGGCUCUCGGUAUAGGGGAGAUUAUAGCCAAAGAAGACCCCCAGCACCGCGGUGCAGUCAGUGCGGUAGACUACAUUCCGGACGGUGUCUCCAGGGAUCAGAUGCUUGUUACGCCUGUGGCCAGGUUGGGCACAUGAUGAGAGAUUGUCCGUCGAUGAGUGGUAGAGUUGGGACUCAGCCCACAAGAUCAGUGGCCGGUUCUUCUUCGGUGCGCCCAGGAGGCCAGACUCCCUCGAUUCCAGCAGGUCAAGGUAGAGUCAGAGGGGGAGCAUCUACUUCAGGUGCCACUCAGCCCCGUAUAUAUGCUCUAGCAGAUCGACAGGAUCCAGAGUCAUACCCCGAUGCCGUCACAGGUACAUCUGCACCUUUGAUAAUGUGUGAAAGAAGAAAUGAAUAUUUGUAAUAUUAAGCAAGUAUGAAUUGAGAGGUUUUAUGCUAUGUAGCGACGGUAAUCGAUAAAGUAUGUUUUGUGGUAUUAACAAUGUUUAUAUAUACCCUUGAGGACAGUAUUGAUCCAUCACCCGUAAUCUUUAUAAAAUACUUUUUUUUUUAAAAGUACUACCGAUGGGACUUAAAGGGUAUUGUAGGGAUGAUGGUACUUAAGUUUUAAGGAAGUAUUGGGAGUGCAGGACUAGUUUAACAUUCGAGGACGAAUGUUCUAAAGGGGGGAAGGAUGUUACAUCCCGUAUUCUCAUGCGUUGGAAAGUGUACGAGUUAAAUGAUAUUAGUAAUGGACAUAAGGUUAUCCCCCAAGGUUAUAGGUGGUUAGAUUGAUGGUACAGAUGUGUUGUAAAUAUCAGAAGUUAAACAAAUAGAAGAAAGUAAGUUUCAUCGAGGUUUAAAAUUUAUUUGAGUGAAAUACGGUCCAAGCUAUGAUAUUCCGUAUUUUUGAACUAGGAAAGUGAACCGUCCAACAUGAGGAAAUUUAUCCGAAUCCGAAGAAUUUGGUUAUAUUUAAGCAUGAAAAACAAGAACUUGGUAUAUGUGAGGAAUGAAGUCCAAAAAUAAUUUGGGCCUUAACAAGUGUAAUGACGGUGAUUGGAAAUUAUCCUUUAUGUAUGGCAAACGAGGUUGUGGACUAGUGUUAUAUUACAUGAUCAUGAUAAUGGGUAUAUGAAGUAUAUAAAAAAAUAAUUAUUAUUUAAAUGGGUUGAGAUC